AUGCCUGACGUUGCUCGAGAUAAAUUGACUAUCAAAGUUCACAACAAAAUGAAGCGGAGUUCAUCUAGAGAUACUCCUCCAAGAAGAACAAAAAGAUCUCGCUCUAGUGUUAGUAGGUACGAUGAUAGUUCGGAUGAAAGAAUCACACCCGAGCGAAUUCGUAGAAGAAGCAGUAGAGGUCGAUCACCACCUAGCCCGAGACGUUAUUCAGAUCAUAGAGACGAUUAUGGUAGAUCUCGUGAUUUAGUGAGCGGUAUUAGUUAUAAAGUUCUGUGUGUGAGCGCUUUGCAUCCGAAAGCGAGUAACGAGUUAAUCAAAGAUACUCUCUACAGAGAGUACAAAAGAUUUGGUGAUAUUACCAUUAGAAUUUCUCAUGAUAUCGAACAAGAAAGAGUAGCGUAUGUAUGUUUUAGAAGCUGGGAAGAUGCCAGAGACGCCAAACAUAGUAAACCAAGAAUCGUUAUAUAUGACAAAGUUGCAAUUGUUGAACCUGUUUUUGAGAGCAGACCAAGCAGAGUUACAAGUGAUGUAUAUAGAAGAGGACGCAGUAGAAGUUUAACUCCAGAUUAUGAUAGAUAUUACAGGACAAGGUCCCCCAUACCCCCAGUUCCUGAUCAAUAUUCUGUAGACAGAUAUGAUAGACCUUUUUACGGUCCUCCAGGACCACCACCUCAUGAAUUUCGACAAGAAGUGCCACCUCCUCCCCAUCAUGAUUUUGUAAGAGUACCUAUACAUAGGGAUCCUUAUGGACCUCCACAUCCACGCCAUCCUCAUGUUCCUCCUCAUAUUCCUCCUGGUCCCCCACAUCAUCCACAUUAUGCUCCUCCUCCAAGAGGGUUUCCUCAUCCACAUGUUCCUAGACCAAGAACUCCUCACUUUGCAGCAGAUUCAUUUCAGUUUGAAAAUAAAAAGGACAAAUUUCCCAAUUAUUUACAUCACAUACCCCCUGAAGAUGAUCCUUUGGCCACUAGAACUUUAUUUGCAGGAAAUUUGGAAAUAAACAUUUCUGAGGAAGAGUUGCGACGAAUAUUUGAAAGAUAUGGUAUUGUUGAAGAUAUUGAUAUUAAAAGACCUCCUCCUGGCACUGGAAAUGCUUUUGCUUUUGUGAGAUUUCAAAACUUGGACAUGGCUCAUAGAUCCAAAGUUGAGCUUUCGGGUCAAUAUAUUGGUAAAUUUCAAUGUAAAAUUGGUUAUGGUAAGGCAACACCAACUACAAGAAUAUGGGUAGGAGGAUUAGGUCAAUGGACUUCUAUACAACAGUUAGAAAGGGAAUUUGACAGAUUUGGAGCAAUUAAAAAAAUUGAUUAUAUCAAAGGUGAUAAUAGUGCUUAUAUUCAAUAUGAUUCCAUUGACGCAGCUCAAGCAGCUGUCAAAGAAAUGAGAGGAUUUCCACUAGGUGGAAUGGAACACAGAUUAAGAGUUGAUUUUGCUGAUGUGCCAGGAAUGCCUACCUUUAAACCAAGGCCAGCACCCAGUUUUCCUCCUGCUGAAACUGGUGAUGCUUUUAGGUCACAUGCACCUGGUACAGCACAAGAUGAUUACGCAUAUGACGCCCCAGGAUAUGAGCACUGGGCAGCAGAUAGCGCUGAUUAUACUUAUGGACCUCUUCGAGGUUACAGAGGUCGCGGUAGAGGGUAUCCAUUUCACGAUCGUAGAGGUGGUUACAGGGGAGCUGGCUAUCCUGGAGAACAUUACCCUCCAGAAGGUGAUUGGGUUGGAAGAAGACCUGAAAUAGAUUAUGAAAAGCACAGGCGUUCUUUAUCCAGAGAACCCGGUAAUGAUAGAAAUUCUCGAUCUCACUCGCCUAGAAUCAGAUCCAUUGACAGCGAUUCAGGAUCUGAGAGUCGUCGUAACGGGCAUUUAGGCUCAGCACGAGGAUCAGCUCGGUCUUUGGCUGACGUCGCAUGCAGGUGCAUGGCCGUUUGGCAAGGGGCACUCAUUUUGAAAAAUUCAUUAUUUCCCGCCAAGUUUCACUUAACUGACGGUGACGGAGACAUAAUUGAGAGUUUAAUGAAAGACGAGGAGGGUAAACAUUUACUUCGAAUCACUCAGAGAUUAAGGUUAGAUCAACCCAAACUUGAUGACGUUUCAAAAAGAAUAUCUUCAUCUAGCUCUCAUGCCAUUUUUCUCGGUUUGUCAGGCUCUUCUUCUAACAUAACCAUUGACGAUGCCUCCGUUCAAACUAGACCCUUAAGAAAUUUAGUCUCAUAUCUUAAACAAAAAGAAGCUGCCGGAGUUAUUUCUUUGUUAAAUAAAGAAUCUGAUUCGUCAGGUGUUCUUUAUGCUUUUCCUCCAUGUUCAUUUUCCACAGAUCUUCUUAAACGUUCUGCUCCAGGUUUGUCGGACGAGGGUUUAAAAGAAGAUCAUUUGGUAAUUGUAGUUGUUCGAGGUGGCACAGCAUAA